AUGGUAGUUUUCGGUGGAGGCGAGUACGACGUGUCCGCUCUUGUUCUCGACAUUGGUGCUCAUACCGUUCGUGCCGGUUACGCGGGCGACGACGCGCCUAAAGCCGUCUUUUCCUCUUCAUACGGAUACAGGGAUGAACCAUCGUCCGAAGGAGAUGGCUCUAUGACAACGCGAAAGGUCUGGGUGGGACAUCAAGGCCCAGCGCUCUGGAAGGCAAACCAAGAGGUCGGAAGCCCCUUUCGCGAGGGUGUUUUGGAAGACUUUACAUAUGUACCCAACCUCAUCAACCAUGCCUUUAAUGAAACCCUUCGUUGUGACCCCGCGGACCACCCAGUGCUGGUGACCGAACCAGCAUGGAACACAGAGGCAAAUAGGGAACGUAUGGCAGAAAUUCUGUUUGAAGAAUUCAAGGUCCCAGCGUUUUACAUUGCCAACUCUGGGGUCCUCACUUCAUUCGCUGCCGGCCAAGGAACCGCACUAGUCGUGGAUAUUGGGAGCUACUGGAGCAGCGUUGUCCCCGUAGUCGACGGGUUCGUGCUCAGAAAAGGGAUUCAACGUUCUGCACUCUCUGUACUUCAACAUCUCAGUUCCAACCAAAUACUCAUGAAGCGGGGCGUUAGGUUGAUCUCCCAUCAACUGAUCGCCAGCAAAAUGCCCGUGCCGCUCGACACGCCUCCAAAGGUUACACUCCGAGAGGAUCGAAUGUCCAAGACAACCGAAAGUUGGAGUGCCUGGUCAAACGCUCGCGAAUUGGAAGAAUGGCGAAUGGCUGUUGGCGGUGUGUUUGACAUUUCCUAUGCGACCCAACAAGGAAUUCCUCGUGCCGGAAAGCAAUACGAGUUUCCAGACGGAUUCACGAGUAUCUUCUAUCAAGAGCGGUUUUUACCUGGAGAAUGUUACUUUUCUCAAGAUGCUCUUGGCAACGCUCCCAACCUUCCGCCUCCUCUCCCUCAUGUUCUUCACAGCUCUUUGGCUGCAUGCGAGCCAGAUUUGAAGGCACAGCUCCUUCAAAAUAUCAUCCUGACUGGGGGUGGUUCUUUGCUCAAUGGUUUCCCUGAACGUCUUAACAAUGAGUUGAACAAAAUGUGGCCAGGAAAAAUCAAACUUAUCGCUUCUGGAAAUCAAGUUGAGCGCCAAUACAGCGCUUGGAUAGGUGGAAGUAUUCUUGCGAGUCUGGGUACUUUCCAUCAGCUCUGGAUAAGCAAGGCAGAGUAUCAGGAACAUGGGCGUAGUAUCCAAUGUGAUCGUACUCUCAAAUCCCCCUGUCACCUCGGUGGCAAGAGUCGAAUCAACUUGACAUCGGCCGUUGCAAUGACGACGAAAUCAGAACUCGCAGUAGUCUUUGGCGCUAUGACGUUCGGAGACAAGGAAGCAGAGUCUGCACGGACACAUUCGGUGGAGGAGAUCAAGGCGAUCCUCGAUGUCUUUCAGAAACACGGUCAUAAUAAAGUCGAUACCGCGCGGGUAUACACCAAUGGCACUUCGGAGCGCCUUCUUGGAGAUAUUGGUUGGAAAGAACGGGGUCUCAUUGUCGACACCAAGCUCUAUCCGAUUCCGUCUAUGAAUAUGCGACAUACGCCAGAGGAUCUACGCAAGACACUCCAAGCUUCUUUGAAUGCUCUGCGCACUGACAAAAUCGAGCUCUUCUACCUCCACGCUCCAGAUCGUUCGGUCCCAUGGGAAGUGACAUUCAAGGCAGUAGACGAUUUGUACAAAGAGGGGAAAUUCGACAAGCUCGGUAUCUCUAACUACAUGUCCUGGGAGGUUGCAGAAAUAGUGACACUGUGCCGAAUCAACGGCUGGAUCCAACCUACAGUGUAUCAGGGAAUCUACAACGCAAUUCAUCGUGCAGUCGAGCCCGAAUUAUUUCCAGCACUUCGCAAAUUCGGGAUCGCAUUUUACGCCUACAAUCCCCUCUCCGGCGGAUUUCUUACAGGUCGUUAUGUGGAUGCCACCUCUCAGGUCGAGCCAGGUUCUCGUUUCGAUGACUCCAAAGGAACCAGCCAGUCUGUUAAUUACAGGAAACGCUAUUGGAACGACCACAACUUCAAAGCGCUCUCCAUUAUUGCAGAUGCCGCGGCUAACGAGAGCUUGACGAUUUCCGAGGUCGCGUUGCGUUGGAUGUCCCACCAUAGUCAGAUGAAGAGGCAAGAUUACCUCCACACGUACAUUAGCGCUUGCCUCAUGGAUUCCUGCAGGGAGUUUGGCGAUGCGGUGAUCAUCGGAGCAAGCAAGACGGUACAUUUGGAGCAAAAUCUCAUAGAUUUAGAAAAGGGACCCCUCCCGGAGUCUAUCGUCACAGCGGUGGAUAAAGCGUGGCGCGUUACAGCUCCCUAUGUUCAGAAGUACUGGCACUGA